UUGAUUUCGAAUUCAGAUUCUCGCUUAAAUGCUUAUGUUUAUAUUGUUUGCAGAGAUGAGAAUAUAUCACGAAUUCCUGUAGACUCCACUAUUCCAUUAGAUGAAAAGUUAGAUGUAAAAACAGCACUACGAAGAGCUUUAAAUUCUGCAAUUAUUAUGGAUGGAGUGGCUAAAGGUCUUCAUGAAGCCGCGAAAGCUCUUGAUAAGUAUGGUUUUAAUGUAAUAUUCAUUGUCAUCACAAGCUCUUUGUUAAAUGCUGGUGAAAAAUUACGUCAAGCUUACUUUUGUGUUUUGGCCGAGAAUUGUGAUGAGCCAAUGUACACAAAACUGGUCGAAGCAUUAUGCAAUGAACAUCAAAUACCUUUAAUUAAAAUGAAAGAUAAGAAGCAGUUGGGCGAGUGGGUUGGCCUUUGCAAAUAUGAUAAAGAAGGAAAGGCUCGAAAGGCAGAGUUUACUUAUUUACUAAAGAAUAGAAAUUACUCGCUUUUUUUCUAUUUCUCUAUAUUUAUUAACGUAGUAGGUUGCUCAUGCGUUGUUGUGCGAGAUUAUGGACAAGAUGAUGCAGCACGUGUUUUUCUUCAAGAUUACUUUAGUAGUCAAGGGAAAGGAUAA